AUGUCACAGGAAAGCGACAGCAUCUCCGCCUCCACCAUCUCCACCACGGCGACCACCGGCGGCUGCCACCUGCUCAAGAUCACCGGCUACUCGCAGAGCAAGCAGCUCCCCGAUGGCACGAAUCUGCGGUCAUGCGAGUUCGAGGCAGCCGGGCGCUCGUGGUGCAUCGAGUACGUCCCACGACCCCCGAAAAAAGCCGAGUACGUCGCUCUCGCCCUCGAGCUCAUCACCGAGGGCGUCGGCCAGCCGAUCAACACCACCGUCCGGUUCACGCUGGUCCCUCAUCACGGCAAGCCGGAGCCGGCCACGGCGCCGCACUACCGUAGCGACCGGUCGCGCUUCCAUCGCACGGGCGUCGAUCGCAAGGGCGCCUACUGGUCCUAUCCCUUCAUCACGUGGGAGGGGCUGGAGGGGUCGGGGUACCUCGUGGACGACUGCUUCUCCGUCCGGUGCGACAUACAUGUCAUCGACACGUCGGCGGUGGCGGACGAGGUCGUGCAGGCGCAUGACCUCGAGAGGAUGGGGCUGGCCUGCUCCUGCACGGACGACCUCUGCAAGCGCCGCCAUGCAUCCAGUUUGGCAUUGGACUUGAAGAAGGAGACGCCUUCCGAUUCCGCCUCGGGCUCGGGGUCCACGACGACGUCGGUGCAGCGCCGCAUUAAAUCAAUCUGGUUUCGCCUCUUCGGCCGUAAACAUUAG